CGAGUUCGUAGCAAUGUGUUCUUCAACUAUUUCUUCACCAUCAUCAUCAACAACAUCGAGAAAUACCGCCAACACUUAUUCCUCAAGUAUUGACUGCAACUUAGAUUGCGAGUUGUACAAUACAUUCCUACACUUUGGUGGUCCCGGAGAAAUGACUCUCCUCGAGCCACGUGAGGAGUGCGGGUGUCGCCCUAGAAGUCGCUCUUGUACGAGAUUCCAACGUGAGCCUCGUAGAUCUUCAUAUAGGGUUGGUUCUGAUGACGAAACCACUGCUACUUGUAUUUCAUCUUCACAAAUAGAUCACAAGGAGUUCACUACUGUUAUGAUACAUAAUUUACAACCACACGUUAAUGUCAACUACCUCGAGAAAGUACUGCAAGAAGCUGGUUUCGAGGGCGCCUUUGAUUUCCUGUAUGUCCCCCUGAAUUUCAAGACUCAUGAAGCUGUUGGUUUCGCCUUCAUCAAUUUUGCUGAUGAGGUUUACGCUCAGAAGAUGGUCGACGGUUUCAAUGGUUUGGUUAUCAAUGGUCACUUGCCGUUAGCUGUCGAGCCAGCCAAGAAUCAGGGCCUUCAAACUCAAAUCGAUCAUCUCAGAGAGAGCCCAGUGAACGCUGCUGAUGAAGAGUUCAGACCGAAGUUAUUCGAAUUGGGUUCGGGUCGAUCAUUGGAAUUCCCCGCUCCUACCAACCCUCGCCCCCCGCGUCGGUCUCAUCGUCAUCGACGUCGUGUAAGAGAAUAUGUACCGCAAAAAGCGAGGCAAGUUGAAGUCUGCGACCCGUAUGCUCAGACUCAUUUAAAGUACAGUAUGGCUCUUGGAGACCUCCUAUUGUGAGACUGUUGUGGUCAUCGUGUUGAUUCUAUAUACCGUUGGUGCAUCUGCUGCAAAAUACGAUGCCUGUGAAAGUCGGCAACACCUAUUCUUAGGAGAGCUCUGGCCCCAUAGUAUAAUUUCAUUUUGUUGUUGUUGUUGCUAAUGUUUGCGUUUCGCGUAGCUGUUUAGUGUUAUCAAGCUGUUACCAACCUAUUCAAUAGUCUUGGUUGUUGAUAGUAACGACGCUGUCGACCUUCUGUACUGCAAAAGCUCGUAAGGAGGUAUUUAUCGGGCUCUUUCUGUAUUCAACACUCUCUUGGUUACAUUACUACUGCUGUUGUUAACGUACUCUGCAGUA